UUUAUUUUCGAACAUUUUACAAACUUUUUAAAACUAAUUUUCCAACCUUACAACUUUUUACAAACUUUUUUCCAACCUUUCACAAACUUUUUUACGAACCUUUUUCCAACUUUUUAACAAACAUUCAACAAACAUUUUACAAACUUUUUUCCCAACUUUUUUUUCCAACUUACCAACUUUUUACAAACUUAUCUUCCAACUUUUUUCCAACUUUUCGCAAACUUUUUUUUACAAACCUUUUUCCAACUUUUUCGCAAACUUGAUUUAAUUAAAGUUUAAUUUAUCCCAACUUUUUUCAGUUUAUUUAUUUAAACUUUAAUUUAUUUUUCACAAACUUAAGUUUGUAAACUCUAAUUUCUUUUUAAUUUAGAUGGCUACACAAUUAAGGGCAAUUGACGGAUUAAUUUCUGUCUCAGUUACCCAUUGCAGAACAAAUUUACGAUUUUCUCAAUUUACAAUAAACCCUGAAGGGUUACUUGGCCCGAUAUUAAAAAUAUUUGAAGUUACAAUUAAUGAUUUAAUUAGACAACGAAUUCCUGAUCUUUUAUGUAGAUCUUUGAGGGAUAUUGUUGAAAGGAAUUCUCCCCACUUAUUUCAACGAAUUACCUAUAUUCCUUUAGGGGAGCAUUUUUCUACUUUUGGGAAUGGAACUGACGGAGUUAUUGAAAGAUUUGUACAACGCCUUUCUAACGGCUUAUUUAUCGAUGGAAGAAUGGUUUCUGACCCUGUAAUAACCAACGAUUAUUUUGAAACACAACAGAGAGGUGAAUUACGUUAUCCAGAAUCCUAUCAUUCUGCUCCCUUCUUUCCACAGCCAAUUCCAAUAGAAAAUGAUUCACAAAGAAUGUUUUAUUUGUAUGCCUCUGAUUAUACGUUAAAUUCAAUGUUAUAUCAGGCCUUUCAACUGGAUAGAUUAACCAUUAGAGUUGAAGAACAAAGCUUGCCAGCUUUAUAUCGAACUUUUGUUCGAACAACCUGUCCAGAUAUAGAUCAAGCUGGAGGGGACUUUUUAAAGACUAUUUGUGUUGGAAAACUUGUGCCAGCUUUGGGGAAACAAUUUCCAAAUACAACAACAAAAUUUGUUAUGGUACCUCAUCAAUUGCCUGAAAUGCAAUUUAAAAAGGGAUUGGGAACAAUGGAUUUGAAGGGUUGGUAA